AUGUCUAUGGAUUCGGCUGCUGAACUUAAGGCUGCAGAGUUCAUUCAGGAAAUGGCGGAACGGUUGAACCACAACACAGAGGACAUUUGGCAAAUUUGGUGCAUUCGCUUGCUUGCAGAUUGGUGCUUGCAGAUUAUGAAGUUUCAAAGGUUAUUAAUUAUUUUACAGGGCUUUUGAGUU